AGUAGUUCUUUACGCGAAGAAGUAAAAUUUGCUAUCUUUUGGACGGGCUAAAUUAGUAAGAGCAAUGGGAGAAAGUGACAAAUAGAAAUGUAUAUGACCAGCUAAACAUCUUCAGGGUUGAUGUGUUAUUCAACCAUCCAAGAUUGCAAUAACAUACAACAGGAAAUCAAUAAUGCCACGUAUCCAAAAUAAUUAUGUAUGAAACUUGCCAAGAUGGAGUCGAUUUUGAAGCGUAGAACGUCCAACGAAGUGCAGGAGUUGAUGAACGCCGUCAAAAAUGAAUAUGAGUUCUUUACGAAGUUUGACAAUUCUCAAAUGGCUGGCGCUGUGCCCGCUAAGCGUCCAAGAAGUUUAAAAAAUGAAUAUGAGUUCUUUACGAAGUUUGACAAUUCUCAAAUGGCUGGCGCUGUGCCCGCUAAGCGUCCAAGAAGUCUCAGUGAAAAUGCAUUAGCUCAACGCGCGUUGUUAACACCAAGAGCAAGUUAUCCUUACAAAAAAGAUGCUAUCUUGCAUUUCAAGAAAUACAAUCAGUCGAAUACUUGUGUUUUUCAUGAAAAUUACCGACAAGAACAAAAGUACUUUACAGCUCAAGGACAAAAGUACCUCACUCCUCCGGAACUAAAAACGCCCCUGUCAAUCCUUCGACGAUUCACAGCCCCACGUGGACAACUUCAAAUGCCAUGUGACGGGUUUCAAAUCACGCAAGAUAAGAAAAAAUUGAAAAUGUCACGUGAGCAAAACCAACGAUCACGGGUGCAUUCUGAAACAUCAACUAUUACACUUGAGGAUUUGUCCAGCAAAGACAGGCAAUCUACGAAAGAUGAAAUGGUCAAACAACAGCAGCUUAUAAUUCAAUCAAGAGAGCAUUCACCGAUUAAAGAUUUUCCAAGACGCUCCGUCAUCAGACAACAGAGCUAUGAAGAGGUACAGAGUAUGGAAUAUGCUAUGAGCAACAAUGAAAGAUAUUCUUUACCAAUGAGGAGAAAAUCCACAGGUCAUUUCCAUCAUCCGCAAGAUAAUCGAUUCACCAACAUCAAUCAAUUGCCAACCAUGAUCAAGAUGCCAGAAAGAAUUCAUCCAUUCAGAUCAAGUGCAGAUGAAAUGAACACAUCACUGAUACAUUUAGAGAAAAAAGAAUCAUCCAUCAAGAAGACCAUAAACAAAAAAGAAGAAACUUUAGAUAAAAUCGUUCCGGUGUAUGUUCGCAGCAGUGAUUGUGAUAAACCCCCCCUGUUUUGCAAACCACAAUCCCCGGAACAAAAUAAACCAAUAUUGCCCAAUCAAAAGGCCCAAAUCGUAAACAUAACUGAAGAAAACCACGAAGUGACGAAAGCAGAGGAAACAAAACAAGGAAUGGUGGAAAUUCCUCAACAGUUUUCCGUAGAUCACGUGGUAACGCGAGUGAGCAGUUUGCUAUGGAUUAACAAAGACAUCGUCUAUCCGGUCACCCUUCACGAGAUGAAAAGACGACUUCAGGAUCCUGAAAAUUUCUCCUUUCAAAUGCUUAUAGCUUACGUGAGACAUUCAAGAGCAAAAGGUCGGCAAUUCUUGGAUUACUGGAAUUGCAAACCUAGUGAUAAGUCGGCUCGGGCUACAGUUUCGAAGCUUUGCGAAGCCGAUGCGAGGGAACUGGUGACAGGAAUUAGAAAGGUGAACGAAGAGUAUUUUCCGCGAAAUACGCUGGCAAAGAUAUUGGCAAAAAAUGUGUUGGCUGAAAACAAUAUGUUGAAUGAAAACAAGAAGUUGGCAGAAAAGGAGACCGAGAUUGUGCCUUAUGGUGGAGGAGCAUCAAAAGAAAAGAAAAUUGACGCUAUCGAAAAAUCCAGAAACAUUUUCAAGUUGCUUCGCAAGACAGUAAGCGUUCUACAGGAUGAGGAAAGAUUUCAGUUGUUCAAUGUUGCCUCGCAUAAUGCUGGUGUCGCGAACAUUCUUAACAGCCUGGAGUUUCUUGAAAGCAUCUUUCACAUGGUACAAAAAAACGUACAGACGGAAGCCAUUAAAGAAAUAGUGAGUUAGAGUUAAGGGAACUUACUAAAUCGAGGCCAUUUAAAGCCGAAGUUUGUGGCAGGAUUGAUGGAAAUGAUAUCUUACUAAACAUUAUCCUUGAGGACAUUCAUGAUAUUUGCUGUGUAAAAAUAGUUGGAAAAAGAGUGGGUGCGUUUGUAAAAAAGCUGGUGGUUACAGCGUUAAAAAGAGUUAAUUUAAUGAGACGUUAUAGGAGAGUUAAUUUAAUGAAGAACUUAAGUAUAAAUAUAUAUGCACUAGUGUGGAAUUUUGCUUUCACAAAAAGCAUAAUGAAUUGUAAAUGUUUUGUGCUAAUUCGAUUAAACAGAUUUCCAAAAAUA